AUGUCCCAGCUCAUCAGCUCCGGCGUGUCGGGCAAGAGGGUCGCGCCCAAAGUACCGACCCGACGACGAGCCCCUCCACCGGCACCGCCGCCCAAACCACCAGCCGCAAAGCAAUCCACCCCGAUAGCCAUCUCGGAUUCAGAGGAUGCGCCGACGACCAUUAUCCCACCGACUCCUCCCCGCACGCAGCCAACGCCUGUCGUCGAGGAGCAGCAUGUAUCGAGAGUGAGCGGGUCAGCGCCUGGGGGUGAUCCCACACCGCCUCCUCCACCGCCGCGCGAGCCUACCCCGCCCCCAGCUCGACAGUCCAACCCUGUACCUGUCGUCCGAACAACGACCGAGCCAGCACCGACAAGCAGCAGGUCGCAUGUUGAGCAGCAGUUACGCCAUGUGUCACCUGCAAAGGCGACUGAGCCAGUGGUACCGCCAGUCGAUACUCCACCCGUUGUGCCAAGCCAACCUUUACCUAUUGCGGCUACCGACGUACCAACUGAUACUGUUGAUACUGGCCGUCAACAUGCUACUACUACAGACGCGCAGCCCACAGCGCCAUCUGAAAAGCAGACGCGGAAACGCAAGAGCAAUGCAGCAGCAGCCAAGCCGGUGCCGAAACGGCAGAAGAAGAGCUCAACCAAGAGCAAUGAGACCGUGCAGGCCAAUGUGAAUGCGGAUGCUCCUAUUACUCCCGCUGAGUCUAGCGGCCAAGAUGCUAUCCCGGGUACCUCUCCGCCGUCUGUAGAAGGUCCGCCGGUCAUUCAGCAAACAGCUCCCGAGGCUGUCAUGACUAAGACGAAAGUGGGCAGAGUGAAGAAACCGACUUCGAAAGCAGCACCCAAGGCAAAAGCGACAUCAAGAAAGAAGUCGACUCCGAAGAGUGCUGAAGUGGUUGUAGAGGAUGAAGAUCAGGAGCCGCCAGCACAGGAGAAUCCAGUAGAUGAAGAAGAAUUGCCCGACGCCGCAGCAAUACUCACGAAGAAGCCGAAGACGAAGAAGCCUCGCAAGAAGAAGGCUGCACCUGCUCCACCUGUUGAGGAACCAGCUACUGGCGAGGACCAAGGCGAGAUCCUCGAAGAACAGGAACCUCAAGAGGCCGAGGACGAAGAGGACGAAGGAUCCGACCCAGAAUUGCAUGAGAUCGAUGCGAAUACAGUCCAAAUGUUUGACAUCACACGAAGGACAUACAAGUACGGCAAGACGUCAGAUCGAGAACGGAAGAUGGCUGAGAUCAACUGGGAUGAGGUCAAACGGAAGCGGUUGGAAGAAGUCGUGCGGAUUGAGUCCGGUCAGCAGACGGGCAAGGAGAAGGAUAAGCAGAAGGGUAAAGACAAGGAGAAGGAGAAGGGAAAGGAAGGUGAGACGGGUGAGGGUGUGGUAGAGACAACAGAAGGUGGCGAAGAAGGCCAAGCAGCAGAAGGCGAGGGCAACCAAACCUCCCCACCCCCUCCUUCCGAACCCGAAGCAGACCAAGAACCCCCAGCCGAAGGCCUCCGCCUCCGCGUCGUCAACGGCCAAAUCGUUGAAGACGAAACCUCGCUCCAAAUCAACCACCCCACCGCCACCGCCUCCGACGCCCUCGACGGCGUCAUCGAGGAGGAAAACGAUCUCACGCUCCGUCUCAACCGCUUCACCUACCUCAAUGAUCGCCGUCGGGCACCUACGGAACGCGUGCCGCAAUGGAGACAGAAGUCCGAUCCGUGGGGCGAGGAGAAUACGGAGAGGUUUUAUGAGGAGUUGGCGCGGUGGGGCACGGAUUUUCAGCUUUUGGCGGCUAUGUUUCCCGGGAAGUCGAGGAGGAUGGUUAAGAUGAAGUUUAAUCGGGAGGAGAGGGCGGAUCCGGGCAGGAUUGGGGAUGCGUUGUUGGGGCGGUUUGAGAAGAGAUCGAUUAUGCCUGUCCUACCUAGCCUGACAACACCGGGUCUCACUGACGACUCUCUGGCUCCCCCACUCCAGCUCCAGCCCACUGCCACGACCCCAGGACCUCCUCCUCCUACCCUUGCCCCACCCAUCAUCCUUCCUAUCCCCGCCUCCAUCAAGCCUCUAAGACCGCAAAUGUCCCUCACCCAUUACGCCACGGCCUCCGGCCGCUCCCUUGAAGAGUUCACGAAAUACGAGGGAUAUGAGCACGCGCAGAGGGAGAUGCGGGAGGAUUUUCGGGAGAGGGAGGUCGCUAUGCAGGUUGCCCUUGAGGAGGAGAGGGAGUUGGCCAGGCAGGGGAGGUUGGCGGCGGAGAUGAAGGAGAAGGUGGUUAAGGAGGGGGAGGGCAGGAGGAAGGGGAAAGGAAGUGGAGGGGCCAGGGGGAGGGGGAGGAAGAAGGGGAUUGGGACGUUGGGGGGGAGUGGGUAG